CUUCUCUCUUCCUCCAUCUUCGCGGCAUCACCAGAUAGCGAGACAGACCAUGCCAGGCAUAAAACCCACGUCUCGCGUCCAUUAUUUAAUAUUGUAUCCACUGCCGAUAAGUGCUUGCUGAAACUAACCGCCACGCUCACCACCCACGGCCUGCGUUUCCCUGCCCGCCUUCCAGCAAACUUACGCACGUCCUCACUCACUUCUCCUCCCGCCAUUCCUCUCUCGCAUCGCCCUGCAUCUCUUGUCCAUCUAUAUUUUCACUCCCUCGCAUCUUGGCCCCUGCAACUUCCCGGGCCUUGUCUUUCCCUUCUUCCAAGUAAUUCAUUCCCAGAUCCUUUCGCGUUGCCCUACGCUGUACUUCCUUCGUUCCACGUUAGCCUGUUCUCAUUCCAUCUCCGAGGCCGCUCUCCUCCAACCCCUGCUUCCACGGAACAGGCCCUGUCGCAGAUACAGCAGCAUUUCCAAUCUAGACAUCGUGUCCAAUCCGUCGUUGUGUUCAUACCCAUCUCGUUUGUAGUCGUACCUGGCUGUCCGCUUUGUCGGUUCCUCGCCGAGCCCCCCAGCGGGCGCCGUCUUGCCCACCUGCCCAGAUGCGGUUGAACGGGACUGUUUGAGAUUGAGCUACUCGGUGUGGCAACCAUGGGGUCGUUCUUGAAGAGUUUCAGAAGCAAUGCGGUAUGUGCUCUGCUUCCCUUUGCCUAUCGGUGCUGUAGCACUGCAUUGCCAUGCACUACACUACCAUCUGUGAAAGUCCCCCUCGCGCGACGCUCACAGGUACAAUGACGAUGUGCUCAUUAUCCAUUCUUUUUCUUGUUCUCUAGGCUAUCUCACAGGCUGCUGCCGCGCCAGCACCUUCAAAGAAAGAUCAAAAUGAGCCUCCUAUGACCCCUCUAGAGAAACUACUGCUGGACAUGGGCCCAAUUCGAGGCGACGGCAGUGACAAGUUUUAUGGAAUGGAAAAUUACGGCAACACAUGGUGAGUCCCGGCACAGUACACCCUGGAUCGGCAUGAGCGAACUGGCUUGGUUAAUAUUUUGCAGUUAUUGCAAUUCUAUACUACAGUGCCUCUAUUACUCUGUCCCAUUUCGAGAAGCUGUUGUCAACUACCCAAUGCGCACCCCGGUCAAGAGUCUGGAAGCGGCAUUGGCCCAAAACCUCAGGUACCAGAACCCCAACGCCUUCUACGAAGCGGAGCAGGCGGCAAAUAAACAACGCACUGCCAACGGUCCCUCCUCCGCCCGCAGUGCUGGCGUGCCCCCGACCCAACCACAGAAACCCGAGGACAAGGACUCGCCCGAAUAUAAAAAGAAAAUGGCUCUGCAGACACUUCCGCUUUUGGAGACGACGAACAAUGCGGAGAGUUACGGCAUGUCCGAGUCCUUGUUUACCGCUUUGAAGGAUAUCUUUGAGUCUGUCGCCGCUAGUCAGUCGCGGGUGGGUGUGGUCCGGCCUCAGCAAUUUCUCGAGGUUCUCAGACGAGAGCACGAAAUGUUCCGCACGGCGAUGCAUCAGGAUGCUCAUGAGUUUUUGAAUAUUCUGCUCAAUGAGGUCGUUUCAAACGUCGAAGCUGAAGCAGGGAAGCUUCCUCCCGUUGAAAAUGGAUUGCCCCAGAGCAAAAGUGCUGAUUCACUUGAACACUACACAACCAGCACCGGGUCCAAGACUCCCAGCACUACACGAUGGGUGCAUGAACUGUUUGAAGGAACAUUGACAUCGGAAACGCAGUGUCUGACCUGCGAAAACGUAUCGCAGAGGGAUGAGAUAUUUCUGGAUCUCUCUGUGGACUUGGAGCAGCAUUCGUCGGUGACGUCUUGUCUGAGGAAAUUUUCAGCAGAAGAGGUGCUUUGCGAAAGAAACAAGUUCCACUGUGACAACUGCGGAGGCCUUCAAGAGGCGGAGAAGCGAAUGAAGAUCAAGCGUGCACCACGCAUACUGGCCCUUCACCUCAAGCGUUUCAAAUACACCGAGGACUUGCAGAGACUUCAGAAGCUGUUCCACCGGGUUGUAUAUCCUUACCAUCUCCGCCUGUUCAAUACCACAGACGAUACAGAAGACCCGGAUCGUCUAUAUGAAUUAUACGCGGUGGUAGUACAUAUUGGUGGUGGGCCGUAUCAUGGCCACUACGUUGCCAUUAUCAAGACGCAAGAUCGUGGCUGGCUAUUAUUUGAUGACGAAAUGGUGGAACCCGUGGAUAAGAAUUAUGUUCUUAACUUCUUCGGUGAUCGGCCAGGAUUGGCUUGCGCCUAUGUCCUUUUUUACCAGGAGACCACCCUCGAGGCUGUUGAGAAGGAGCAGGAAAUGGAGAAUGCCCCACCGCCUGUAGGCUCUGCUGAAACAAACGGUUUCUCACCGGGUCCGAACGGUCAACAUCGACCGGUUGGCCUGACGCAUGCUCAUAGUGCAGCACAACUUCCUCACCGUGAGGACGUCAAUUUGGCAACGCUUAGGCGAAGUCCUACGACGCCAGUCCUUUAUUCUGCUCCGGAGCAUCCAGAGCCGGCUGUGGCUCCUGCUUCACCCGUAUCACCUACUCCUCCCGUCCCGCCAAUUCCGUCUAGGCCGACUUCAUCUUCGACACCUCUUAGCCGUACAAGGAGCAACAUACAAUCAAGGUUCCAUCCCCCAAAGGAAGAUAAAGAGCGAAAAGCAGCAGAAAGGGAAAAGGAGAAGAAUGAGAAGCUACGGCGAAAGGAAGUCGAUGCAAGAAGCAAGGAAAACCAGAGGCGGGAGGAAGCCCAACUGAAGGCAGCAAUUGAAGCGAGCAGGGCAUCAAAGGCCGAAGAAGAUCGCCGCCACAAUUCGUUCGAGUACAACAGGACUGACACUUUCAAAAAGUCGAAUAACCUAUUCAGGCGUAGCAGCAAAAGCAUCAGCCAUGUCCUGACCAAGGAGAAAGGAAGACAGUCAAUGGAGCAACUCAUUGAGAAGCCUGAGCCAACAGAGAAACCAGUAACCAAUGGACGCGUCUAUGAGAACCAUAGCCGUGAUCAUGACCAUGACCCUGACCAGCAGCAUCAUCAUCAUCACCAUUUACAUUUGCACAAACGAAGAAACACUGCAAAGGAAGGAGACAAAAAUGAGCAUGGAGGGCAUAAGUGGAGAAACUUCAGUCUCAAGAGGAAGUCCUUUGGCAUCCUCUCAUAACUGUGCCUUGUACAGUCAUUGCCUUUGGACAGGUUCUUGCGUGUUCUGCAAUGUCAGGCGCAAUGUAUUAUCAGCUACUCUUCGUGAUCUUGUUUUCUUUCGAUCUUUUUGUUUAUUUUUUCUGCUCUAACCUGAUACCAUAUACGCGCAUAUUCUCGAAAACUUAGUGGCCGCUUGAUUUCUAUCGGGAUAUUUAUGACAUUUGGGUGCGCAUCUUUACUUUUCUGUGAUACCCAAAUUUUGGGUCACGUUCGGUUCAGGAGCAUGGCGUUCUGGGGAUCCUUCUUUCUUUUUUUCCUCGGCUUUUCGAAUACAGGGAAUUGGAGGAUAUGGGGUUCCGAUUCAUUGCGAGAAGGGAAAAGAAACUACUGUCAACGGCGCUUAUGACUCAUUUGAUCCACAUUCUUUGUCUUCCAUGUCCCUUUUUUAACUUCUUCUCAGACGACCGUGUUUUGACAUAUAAUGUACAAUUUACAUGGUCUCAAGGGACGACGGCGAUGGAUCUUGAGGGUAUUCAUUUGAUUUACUCAUAAUCUUUUCUUUUUCUUUUCUUUUUUUUUUUUUUUCAUCACUUUUGCAUGUACAGUACAAAAUGCCCUCUAGACGGUAGACUAUUGGGAUCUCGUGUGCAAACACAUACGGAUAUGGUAUACUACGGAUUUUGAGAUAUUCUAGAAAUAUGCUUUUUUUUUUCAGUGUACCCUGCA